AACGCGCUCCCGCCGGCGCCUUCCUCCGCGGAGCGGCAGCGAGAGCGCGGCCCGGCCGAGCGGGCGCAGAACGCGGAGCCCCCGACGGCGCGGCCACCCGGCCCCCGCCCCGCGCCCCCCGCGCCCCCCGCGCGCCCCGCACCCCGCGCGCAGCCUCGGCCCCGGCGCCCCCUCCCCGCCCUCCCCGCCCCGUCCCGCGCUCACCCCGCGAUGCGGCUCGGCGUCGUCUGGGCGCUGCUGGCGGCCGCGGCCCUGGGGCUCGGGGCGCGCGGGGUGCGCGGCGCGGUGGCGCUCGCCGACUUCUACCCGUUCGGCGCGGAGCGCGGCGACGCCGUCACCCCCAAGCAGGACGACGGCGGCUCGGGGCUGCGGCCGCUCUCGGGGCCCUUCCCGUUCUUCGGCGCGCGGCACUCCGGGCUCUUCGUAAACAACAACGGGAUCAUCUCCUUCCUGAAGGAGGUUUCUCAGUUCACCCCGGUGGCCUUCCCCAUCGCCAAGGACCGCUGUGUGGUGGCGGCCUUCUGGGCAGACGUGGACAACCGGCGUGCAGGCGACGUGUACUACCGGGAAGCCACCGACCCAGCCACGCUGCGCCAAGCCACGGAGGAUGUCAGGCGCUACUUCCCCGAGCUCCCGGACUUCUCUGCCACCUGGGUUUUUGUUGCCACCUGGUACCGAGUGACCUUCUUUGGCGGCAGUUCUUCAUCCCCCGUCAACACGUUCCAGACGGUGCUCAUCACAGACGGCAGGCUCUCCUUCACCAUCUUCAACUACGAGUCCAUCACGUGGACCACAGGCACACACGCCAGCAGCGGGGGCAACGCCACCGGCCUGGGGGGCAUCGCAGCGCAGGCUGGCUUCAACGCGGGCGACGGCCAGCGCUACUUCAGUAUCCCUGGCUCGCGCACGGCGGACAUGGCCGACGUGGAGACCACCACCAAUGUGGGCGUGCCCGGGCGCUGGGCGUUCAGAAUCGAUGAUGCCCAGGUGCGCGUGGGGGGCUGCGCCCAUACAACCUCCGUGUGCCUGGCCCUGCGCCCCUGCCUCAACGGCGGCAAGUGCAUUGACGACUGCGUCACGGGCAACCCCUCCUACACCUGCUCCUGCCUCUCGGGCUUCACUGGGCGGAGGUGCCACCUGGACGUGAACGAAUGCGCCUCCCAGCCCUGUCAGAACGGCGGCACCUGCGCUCACGGCAUCAACAGCUUCAGCUGCCAGUGCCCGGCCGGCUUUGGGGGACCUACCUGUGAGACAGCCCAGUCCCCCUGUGACACCAAAGAGUGUCACAAUGGUGGCCAGUGCCGGGUGGAGAGGGGCUCUGCAGUGUGCGUGUGCCAGGCUGGAUAUACCGGAGCCGCCUGCGAGACAGAUGUGGAUGACUGCAGCUCUGAGCCCUGCCUGAAUGGAGGCUCCUGUGUCGACCUCGUGGGGAAUUACACCUGCUUGUGCGCAGAGCCCUUCACGGGACCUCACUGCGAGACAGGAGACCGCCCAGUUCCCAACGCCUGCCUCUCGGCCCCUUGCCACAAUGGGGGCACCUGUGUGCAUGCGGACCAGGGCUACGUGUGCGAGUGCCCCGAAGGCUUCAUGGGCCUGGACUGCAGGGAGAGAACCUCCAGUGGCUGUGAGUGCCACAACGGAGGCAGUUGCAUGGGCACCAACACCACCCUCUGCCAGUGUCCCCUGGGAUUCUUUGGGCUCCUCUGUGAAUUUGAAAUCACAGCCAUGCCCUGCAACAUGAACACACAGUGCCCAGAUGGGGGCUACUGCAUGGAGCACAGCGGGAGGUACCUGUGCGUCUGCCACACCGACCACAAUGCCAGCCACUCCCUGCCAUCACCCUGCGACUCGGACCCCUGCUUCAACGGAGGCUCCUGCGACGCCCAUGACGACUCCUACACCUGCGAGUGCCCGCGCGGGUUCCACGGGAAGCACUGCGAGAAAGCCCAGCCACAUCUGUGCAGCUCAGGGCCCUGCCGGAACGGGGGCACGUGCAAGGAGGCGGGCAGUGAGUACCACUGCAGCUGCCCCUACCGCUUCACCGGGAGGCACUGUGAGAUAGGGAAGCCAGACUCGUGUGCCUCUGGCCCCUGUCACAACGGUGGCACCUGCUUCCACUACAUUGGCAAAUACAAAUGUGACUGUCCCCCAGGCUUCUCCGGGCGGCACUGUGAGAUAGGACCCUCCUGCAUUCUGGCAGCCCCAUCCCCCUGCUUCCGGAGCCCGUGUGUGAAUGGGGGCACCUGUGAGGACCGAGGCGCGGACUUCUUCUGCCACUGCCAAGCUGGGUACAUGGGACGCCGGUGCCAGGCAGAGGUGGACUGCGGCCCCCCGGAGGAGGUGAAGCACGCCACGCUGCGCUUCGACGGCACGCGGCUGGGCGCCAUGGCCCUGUAUGCAUGUGACCGCGGCUACAGCCUGAGCACCCCCAGCCGCAUCCGGGUCUGCCAGCCACAGGGUGUCUGGAGUGAGCCUCCCCAGUGCCUCGAAAUUGACGAGUGCCGGUCGCAGCCGUGCCUGCACGGAGGCUCUUGCCAGGACCGCGUCGCCGGGUACCUGUGCCUCUGCAGCGCUGGCUAUGACGGUGCCCACUGCGAGCUGGAGAGGGAUGAGUGCCGAGCUCAGCCCUGCAGAAAUGGAGGCUCCUGCAGGAACCUCCCAGGGGCCUUUGUCUGCCAGUGCCCUGCAGGCUUCGCUGGAGUCCGCUGUGAGACAGAGGUGGAUGCCUGCGACUCCAGCCCCUGCCAGCACGGAGGCCGGUGUGAGAGCGGCGGCGGGGCCUACCUGUGCGUCUGCCCGGAGGGCUUCUUCGGCUACCACUGCGAGACAGUGAGCGACCCCUGCUUCUCCAGCCCCUGUGGGGGCCGCGGCUACUGCCUGGUCACCAACGGCUCCCACAGCUGCACCUGCAAAGUGGGCUACACGGGCCAGGACUGCGCCAAAGAGCUCCUCCCACCGACGGCCCUCAAGAUGGACAGGGUGGAGGAGAGUGGGGUCUCCAUCUCCUGGAACCCGCCCAACGGCCCAGCGGUCAGGCAGAUGCUGGACGGCUAUGCGGUGACGUACGUCUCCUCCGACGGCGCCUACCGCCGCACGGACUUUGUGGACAGGAGCCGCUCCUCACACCAGCUCCGGGCCCUGGGGGCCGGCAAGGCCUACAACAUCUCCGUCUUCUCGGUCAAGCGUAACACCAACAACAAGAAUGACAUCAGCAGGCCUGCGCUGCUGCUGGCCCGCACGCGACCCCGCCCUGUGGACAGCUUCGAGGUCACCAAUGUGACGGCCAGCACCAUCUCGGUGCAGUGGGCCCUGCACAGGAUCCACCACGCCACAGUCAGUGGGGUCCGCGUGUCCAUCCGCCACCCUGAGGCCCUCGAGGACCAGGCCACCGAUGUGGACAGGAGUGUGGACAGGUUCACCUUUGGGGCCCUGCUGCCCGGGAGGAGGUACACCAUCCAGCUGGCCACCCUCAGUGGGCUCAGAGGAGAGGAGCACCCCACGGAGAGCCUGGCCACUGCACCAGCACAUGUGUGGACCCGGCCCCUGCCUCCAGCAAACCUGACGGCCGCCCGAGUCACGGCCACCUCUGCCCACGUGGUCUGGGACGCCCCGACUCCAGGCAGCCUGCUGGAGGCUUACGUCAUCAAUGUGACCACCAGCCAGAGCGCCAAGAGCCGCUACGUCCCCAGUGGGAAGCUGGUGUCCUACACACUGCGGGACCUGCUGCCGGGGCAGCGGUACCAGCUGUCCGUGACGGCGGUGCAGAGCACGGAGCAGGGGCCGCUGCACAGCGAGCCCGCGCACCUGUACAUCAUCACCUCCCCCAGCGAUGACACCGACAGGCGCUGGCACCAGGGAGGCCACCACCCUCGGGUGCUCAGGAACAGACCGCCCCCAGCACGCCUGCCGGAACUGCGCCUACUCAAUGACCACAGUGCCCCCGAGGCCCCCACCCAGCCCCCCAGGUUCUCGGAGCUUGUGGACGGCAGAGGAAGAGUGAGCGCCAGGUUCGGCGGCUCCCCCAGCAAAGCAGCUGCCGUGAGACCACAGCCCACAGCCAUGGCGCCGCUCAAGAACACGGAGGAAGCCCCCAAGCAGGGCAGCCUGGCCCUCCAGCUCCCUGAACACGGCGACAGGGACAUGGAAAACACCCCUGGGAACUGUUCGGAAAACCCCUGUCAGAACGGAGGUACCUGUGUACCCGGCACGGACGCCCACAGCUGUGACUGCGGGCCAGGGUUCAAAGGCAGACGCUGUGAGCUGGCCUGUAUAAAGGUGUCCCGCCCCUGCACAAGGCUGUUCUCCGAGACCAAGUCCUUUCCCGUCUGGGAGGGAGGCGUCUGUCACCACGUGCAUAAACGAGUCUACAGAGUUCACCAAGACAUCUGCUUCAAAGAGAGCUGUGAAAGCACAAGCGUCAGGAAAGCCCCAAACAGGAAACAAAGUAAGAGUCAGACACUGGAGAAAUCUUAAGGAUUUAAGACGUUCUUGUUACACCCCACCAACCUCAAAAGUUUCUAAAACCCAGGAAGAUGAGGUCUCAAAACUGGAUGAGAUAGGACACCCUGAGAGAAAAGGUCCUAGCUGGAGUCAGUCCCCUCUGUGACCAUCCUCCUCAGGCCUCUGGAAGAAGAUGGCCAGGCCUGUGCGCACCAGCCCGCCCUGAGACCCGGCUCCGGGACCAGCCAUCUAUGAGUCCUGCGAAGCAUUUCAGCGGCCUGUGCUCUCACCGGGGCUGCCGUUCCUGAAGGUGUGGUCCACGCCUCUGCGGAUCAGAUGGCAGCCACCGUUCCCCAGGAUCAGCGAGGUUGUCAGCCACACUCUGCAGUACUCAGAAACCUGUUCUUUGACUCCAAAGCCAGAGAAAGAAUUCUCCCUUUGAGGCCUAACAAAUUGAGAAGGAACCAUGAUGGACUGCUUCCAAAACAGGUGGGGCAGGGGCCAAAAAGCAGAAACCAGGUGGUGCUGGAAGGAAGGCUGAGGUAGAGACGCAGCCACCCUGCUCUGCUCCUCCAGCGUGUGUCUGACGCUCGUGCAGGGUGAUGAGCCAUCGUACGGACCAGCAGAGGAAAUGUUAACAUAAGGUGGAGUUCAGACACUUUUCAUCUAUAGUGGGGCUGGCAGCCUUUCUCUGUAAAGGGUCAGACAGUAAAUAUUUUCAGCUUUGCAGACCAGAGGUCCCUGUGGCCACAGCAGCAGACACAGCCACAGGCAUGUAAUUGAAUGGCUGUCUUCCAAUAAAAAUCUACUUACAAUAACAGGCAAUGGCCAAGUUGGCCCAUGGGCCAUAUUUGUUGAACCCUGUCCUAUGAGAUCAUCUCAGCCUUAAACAGUGGAAGCCAUCCCCUGAAUGACAAGUCACAAAGGCAUCAAAGACCCCUGAAUGUUCAUGGAAAAAAGCGAUCCAGCCCCCUACUUGGAAAGCUGAGGCACACAGCCACAAAGCAGCAAGGACUCCGCACAAGUCUCAGCGCAGCAGGGACGGGCUCCUGGGCUGGCUGCACAGUAAGUCCCUUCAGUCCAUGACUCUAGAAAUGCCGUGUCAGGCUUUCAGGUAGUCAGCACGAUCUUAGACUUCCACAUCUUCACAAGCAGGACAGUGCAUCACCUCACCACAUCUGCUUCCCGCCAUGCUUCUGGGCAGCUGUCUUCCCCCUGCUGAUGUUACAAGCAAAGAAGCCAGUCCCACCUCCUCGCAUGCUGAGCCUCGUGAGAGCUGACCUAGCUGGAAAGCAAGCACCCUGCCGCGUCUCCCUGCCUCUGCUCAGAACCAGCAUUCCAGCCACAAAGAGGGCCUCCUUCCUUUUGUCUUUUAAAAUCAUGUUUUUUUAAGAGUUAGAGUAUAUUUUAGGCUUUUUAUCUUUAUUAAAAUUUCAUGUGCAUCUGUCUGUGUAUUCUGCAGUCUGUCAUUUUCAGAAAGAAGGAACAGGCAAUUUGAGACACUUCACCUGUACUCCCAAAAUGUUCCCCAGUCUCCAGACCCACUUGAGAACAGAAGGCAGAGCUCAAUGCAGGGUCUCCAGCGCAGCGAAGGGUCACUGGGUGAACUGAGAGAAAACCACGUACACAAACACGUACUGCUGACUUCCUGCAGCCCUGGGACCCGUCACUGUUCAUCCAUGUAAGCUCCAGCAUUCCUAGCAGAUGCUAAGAUCGAGUGAUAUCACUGGAAAAGUAGGUGAAUCUUUCUACUCCCUACUAGGACCUCAAGCCCCUCAGCCACACAGCAAAUGCUAACAUGCUCCAAGUGUCAGCUUGGAAGGCAUUGUGUCAACGAGAACUGGCUCCUGAGUCCCAAGGCUUGGUGCUGUGCUGUCACAGGACUCGCCCAUGGGCAUGUUUUACACAUUAAAUAUCUAGUAAAAAGACUUCCUGGUGCUCAGGAACGACAGUUGAUUCUUGAAACAUUCCAAAGAGACCACCACAGCGUUUCUCACAUGGCUCCUUUUAAAAACUCUUAACAGCUUCCUUGAAAAUACUCAAAGUCCACCCAAGGAAAUGGUAAUAGUAGAGUCAGAAAGUUGUCAGGAGCAUAAAGAUUUAUUUCUGUAUCAGAAUGAAAGCAGCAGUCAUGAGUUGCUGAAUUACCCAUUUGCUAAUGAAACUGGGAUGUACUGAUCAUUUAACUGAGUACAGAUUGAGGAUUCUACUUAAUCCUCCCGUUGGGCACAAGAACAACAGCCUAGGUUCCAGGACAAGUGGCAGUGACUGGGAUGCCACAACCGAAGAGAAAAUGGAAACACUGGCACAGUGAAAUGUCUUCAUUUCCAGUUCUGCCUAUGGCCAGCAAGGCAAGACAAACUCCCCCUUUCCCCACGGCAUGUGAGCUGCCAGGUACAGGUAAGGGAAUCUUUGCUGUGCCCACUGUCCUCCAGUGGAGAACCCAGCAGGCAAGGGCUCCAAUCGAGUGCCAGCUCACCUGCACCUCCCCUCAGCAGGAACGCCUUCCACUGGCAGUGGACUGCCACUGCAUCUGACUCAAGCUGUGGUGAUGUGGAGGGAGUCACUGAGCUGCUUCUCUUUUGCAAAACAAAAGGCUUUUUCUUUGCAGUCAUACUCCAAGAGGAGGCUGCUGGAGAAGACAAAAGCACCCAGACUUCAGUGCUGAAUCCCCACAACAGCAUGUAGCUCACAUCUACCAAGGGGAUUCCAGUGCAUAGGGAAAAGGAGCCCUGCUGAAAACCCAGCUAUUUAUUUCUCUUUUAAAUAAAAUAAUACAACUAUUCUAAGUCCAUUUACAAUCUGAAGUUGUCACGAGUGAACCGUCACAUUACUGUAUUAGACCAGGCCUUAGAUCAGUUUCUCAGGCUCAGCACUGCCCUUUUGGGCUGGUUCAUUCUCUUGUGGGGGCCAUCCUGAGCACUGUAGGGUGUUUCACAGCAUCCCCGGCUUCCACCCACAGGAAUCCUAGAAUCUAACAGAUCCUAGAAUCUAGUCGCUCCUAGAAUGCUACCAAGGAGACUGGAAUUUUGCUCCCAUCACCAAAAAUGCUUUCUGCAACAAUCCUAUCAGUUUCCCCUAAGGGCUAACUGGAAUGUUCUAGGAUGUACCGGUCCUCCAGGAUCCUCUUAAAACUCAUGCCAUCAGAGACAGGCCUCUACCUCAGGGAGCACCCCUGGCUUAGAUCAAAUUCCUCUUCUCUGUUCCCAGCAUUUCAGAUUGUUCUUUGUUCUCAGUGCCCUAAGGUGACACCCCCACCUUGGAGGUCCUGGAGCACCCCCUGUGGCCCUGGCUCCAGCCCACCUGCCCCAUGACCCUAUCCCUUUCUGUGGUUCUCAAAGCCCAUCUGUAACCCGGCAGGGGAGGCGACUGUCCGGGACCAUUCCCCAGCCUCCACCCGCCUCAGCACUCUCCAGGCCAGCACAGAGGUGCUGCAGACCACAGGUCCGGAGACACCAGGCCUGGAGGUGACCGACCACUGGCCAAGAGCUGGCAUAAAAGCCAACUUCCCCAAACAGGAAGGGUUGUCAUUCACAAAGAUAAAACUGCCACAAUGUUUUGCUGGUCUUGAGAUGCUGUGCAAAUUAACCAGCACAUCACGAAUCACUGCUGCACGCUGAGUGCCAUUAUGAAACAAUAUACUUUUGGAUUAAAAACAAAUAUUUUUGUGGAAAACCUGCUACAUGUUUUCAUAAAAUAAAGUGCUAUGAUGUACUAAAACCUCA